AUGGCUUCAUUGCCUACUCCAGCGCAUGGGGUGCAAGAUGGGCAGUCUGAUGACCAACCCCUGGUGCUGCCGAGCUGCAUCAAUGAGAAGGAAGUAGACCACAUCUUCCGGUACCUGUUUAAGGGCUGGUCAAAUGAAAACGCUAGCGAGGAGGAACUCAUUGCCAUCCUCAAGUUGUCACACAUGUGGGAGAUCACAGAUGCGCAUAACUAUGCCAUUCAGAUGUUGAACAAGUCUACUGUCUCCAACCCGGCGCUUCGCUUCCACCUGGGCUGCACGUACCAAGUCUAUGACUGGAUUGAGCCAGCAUUUCGCGAGCUGAUGUCAAUGCCAGUCCACGCGAUUACAAGGCCAAUGGCUCACCUGAUCGGACCCAACGCUUUCUAUGCCAUAGCCAACACACAUGCCCAGAUUGCUGAACACCGACUUGUGCUGGCUUUCUAUCCCUCACCCUACAUUGAAGACGUAUCCUGCUUCACCUCAGAACAAUGCCGUCAGGCCUGGACUACGCAGUGGUGGCAGGGGCUUGCCAAGCAUCUCUUACACCCGGAUGCUGGCAGGAAUGGCCGCCAGAUUCUGGACAUGCUGGAGACAGUGCGGAUCCCUGGAAUGUGUCAGGGUUGCCAGGACUUGAACGUCAGUUGGGUGAAGCAGAGAGAGGCUUUAACCAGAGAUGAGGAGAUGUUCGAGGAGACUAUCGCUGACAUUGUAGGGCAGUACGUUGUCAAGAAGAAAGCCGCGGACAUCCAGCUGGUCGAGGAUGGAGGGCAGGAGAAUGUCGCCUAG